UGCGACAUUCAUUUUUGUAACAUGCUGUACCACUCUAGCAGUUGUCGCUCUGCAACAGCGCAACUAUUUUGAGGUUAUGUACGAUCUAUAAUAAUUAGAAUUUUAGAGAAAUUUUAACAUUUUUUCACAAAUGUCAUCGUUAAAUGAAAAAUCAGAUCAUUCACUUUUUAUAGAAUUAUCGAAGUACUUAAAAAAUAAUUCUAAGAGUGGUAUCACUACCUGUCUGGCACGACUCAAAUCUGAUUCCAAAUGCUAUAGACAAUUUGUUAAAGAUGGAGGUCUUAAUAUUUUAAUCAAAUUAUUACGCUCUCAGGAUUUAAAAAUUUUAAAUAUGACACUAAGUAUAUUAGCAAAUGCAUGCAUGAUUUCCGAUACAAGGGAGGAGGUUAAAGGGACUAAAAUAGGAUACUAUGUACUUUACAUAAUACAAAAUUUUAAAUUGGACAAUUCUCUUCAUUGUCGUGCUUGUAGAUUGAUUGGUAAUUUAUGCGAAUGCGGCUGGCAUGCUAGAUCUUUGUACGAAGCUGGAUCCGUACAUGCACUUGCUAAAUUAUUACAAUCAAAGGCAAAUAUGCAAACGUACCUAAUGGUAGUCAGAGCAAUAAGAAAUAUUUGGAGCAUGCACGAAGGUUGUAGAGAAGACAUGUUGGAAACAGGGAUCAUAAAGAAUAUUACAGGUUUAUUAGUCAUAGCUAAUGAAAAAGCUAUUGUAAAUACAAAAUAUUCAGAAUUAGUAGAAGUAUGUUUAAAAGCCAUGUGUGCUUUUCUUAUCAGUCUCGAUCCUCGCUGUGGAGAACAAAUGCAAGGAGAGAAAGAUUUGGAGGGAUACAAGUGCAUUGUUGACAACUGUAGUACAAAUAAUAAAAUGGCAAUUAAAUGUCUUUGUAAUCUUAGCCAAAUAGCAGAAUGUCGUCCUAUUCUGGGAUGUUCUGGAGCAAUAGAAAUUUUAAUAUCUUUAAUCAGUAAACAUUCAAAAUUGUCCAAAGAAAUACUACUGAGUCUGUGUUUGUUUUGUCGAGAAGCAGUCAAUCGUGCAAAAAUCAGAGAUAAUGCUGGUUUAGAACUCAUGCUUACACUUUUGAGAAAAAAUGAUAUUGAAAAAUAUCAUCCUAUGUUAUUACAUGCUCUCGCACAAUUUAUAUAUGACGAUCCAAGUAUUUCAAUAAUGAUUAAAAAUGGAUUACUAGAUGUGCUAAUUAUGAAAUUAAAAAAAAUGGUGGAAAAUGUAUUGGAAAACAGAAAAGAGCAAGAGAUAUCUAAAAAACGAAAGAAUGAUUCACCCUUAGAUAAAAAAACGGAUUCAAAGUAUUAUAAAUCAAUGAUAGGACGAUUCAGUGUAGAUUAUCCUAGAGAUGAUUGGAGUCCAUGUAGUUCUACGAGUGUAUUCUCUUCUCCUCCGAGUACACCACCAUUACCAUUUUAUGAUUCUGCAGAAACAGAUGAAAAUGCAGAAGAUAACUAUAGUCCUGUUUGUAGUGACACAGAAUGGGGAGAAUAUGAAGAAGAACCUCAAGAAGAAGUAGAAUCUUUGAAAAGCUGUAAGUCAUUAUCAAUCGAAGAGGAUGAAUCUCGUGAUUCAGGAACAUUUCAUAAGAUUACUUCCUCUGAAUAUACAAGUGCAUGGACCUUAGCAUUAUUAAGCAGAUUGAGUCACUUUACUGAACCUAUAGAGAGAUUAGCUGAUCCAAUAACAAUUGAACCAUUAUCAGAAUAUAUUCGGUAUGCAAAAAAUCCUAGGGCUUCUAGAAUACUUACCAGAAUAGUAAGGAAUAGCGCCUAUUUAGUUCCGUUAUUGAAGCAAGGUUUUGUCUUCGAAGCGCAAACUUUAUAUGGCUCAGAAUAUUAUACUCGACAUCUAUGUGCUUUAGCCGAAACUGGCGGUGCUAUUGGAGAUCUUACAUCAAUAUUAUUACGUGGUGAAGAAUCUCAUAAAUCAAUGGUCGCUGUAUCUAUACCUUUUAUAAUCAAGUCUAAAUUUAUUUUGAAAUCGUUAUUAAAUAAUCAUGGCGGUUUACAAUUAAUAUUAAAUAUAUUAAACGAUAGAGAACAUGCACUGAUUGAAAAUGCUGUCUGGUCGAUUUGCCAAUUGGCAAAUACAUUGCAAAUUCGCCCUGAGGUUAUCGAUAAGGGUCUAAUACCAGACACUGUUACAACUGAUUAUCCAAAACUUUAUGAAAGUCUUCCAAAGCCAUCAGUAGUUACGUUUGAAUUAGAUGAUGGUACAACGGUCGAUGCAUGUAGACAAACUUUAUGUCAAAAAUCAGAUGUUUUUUGUGCAAUGCUUGAAGGAAAUUUUUCUGAAUCUGGAAAGAGGCGUGUUAAAUUAAGAAAUACAUCGAAGGAAGGACUAAACAUACUACUUUUGGCUGCUAAUGGUGCUGCUUUUGAAAACAGGACUAUUGAAUCACUUUUAGAUGCUGCCUUAUUAGCAGAUAAAUUUCUUAUGUCUGAUAUUUCAGAUAUUUUAACAGAAAGUUCAAUAGCUAUGCUUAGCUAUGAAAAUUUCAGUCGAGCAUGGAAUUGGGCAAGAAAUAAUUCUUGUUACGAACUUAAAACUUGCUGCGUUAAGAGUUUUCUCUCGGCAAAAAUGUCAAAGACUGAAAGAAUCCAAGCAUUUCGUGAAUUUUCUAAUAAUAGUAGCUUUCCUGAAUUUUUAGAUGAAAUAAAGGAAAUUAUUAAUAGUGGUUUGUGCCAACGCUGAUUUAAUUAAUAAUAAUUAAGCAUAAUUGUGAUAUG